UGACGGCUCUCGACACAUAUUAUAAAUCCGUCAGAGAUAACAUAUUUAACAGAUAAAAAGCCAUAAAAAUGGAAGCUAAGGGUUUAAGAUACCUGUUCAUUAUUAAUUUUAUUAUAAUUGUUGAUCUGGAGGUGGUGACUAGUUCCUGUAAUCGCAAUUAUGGUCCAGCAGGUUCUCCGGAAUGUGUGCUUUUUGACCGAUAUUAUUCAAAAUACCAAUGGGCCACCUGUCUGACAAAUGAAUACAUUCAGACGGUUUCGAAAGGAAACGCCAUUUGUCGAGACCACUCUGCAACUUACUGCUAUUACCAGUGCAUGAUGGAAAGCUAUGAAAUUUCUGAAGGUGAUGUUCGUGAUGAAUGUGCUUGUGGAGUUGAUGCCCCACAACAAACAAGAACUCCACCUACGAAUCAAACUCAGCUUCCGAGUCAGUGCUACAGUCCAUCCGGUAGAGACUGUAAUUGGUACAGCGACUGCUUGGAGAGACGAUUUCCUUGCAAAGAAAGGCAACAAACAUCAUAUGCAAUAAACAAUGGUGAUAAGUUUUGCAACUUGUACGAAGACCAUUACCAGCGCUUCUCGACUGAAGGACAGCAGUGGAUUGAUGCCGUUAGAGGGUGUUUACAGGUGGCGCUAGUUCCACUCCUGCGUCCAUACUUCCAAAUUACCUGUGAGGAAAUUAAGAAAAAAGCAUUUAAUUCUCAUGUCAAUUGCUACACAAACCCAAGGAAAAACACUCCAUCGUUUUGUGACCUAAAAAUGUCGGACAAACUACAAAUAGGUUUUACCGUUAUACCCGGACUUUUUUCAAAUUGUUUUCAGCAUAAAUACCUUUGCAAGGAUAUUUUUGAAUCUGCAAAACAGUUAUGGGAAACAUACAAGGCGUGUACAUAUCAUUUAUCUCGUUUAAGUAAUGUUAAACAACUCCAAUUCUCGUACUUCGGAUUUAAUCAUCAAUCUAGAUCACGCAGAUCCACAACAAGUGUGGAUGAUUACUCAGCAGGAGCGAACCUUAUAAAAACGAUUGCAAACAAAAUGGAAUGGAAAUCAUCAGGUGUGACGUGGAUAGCAUAUUUCCAAAACAACAUAACGGCAAGCGAACAAUCGGUCAUGCAACAGUUAAACAUAUUACUUGCUCCAAGUAAACUUUAUAAUUUGAAUGACAAUACAAACGUGUCUUCGCCUGUCAACGUGACUGAAGCUGUGGAAAAUGUAACAGACGCGUUCCGUUCUGGUAUCCUUACUUCAGAUAUGAUCAAUGGUAUUUCCAUAGUCAAAUACUUUGUGUGUACCGAUAACAACUGCUUGAAUAAAUCUUUGGAGUUUAAACCCCUGUCAUCAGCUUUGAAAAAUGAUGUGAGCGAUGGAUUAUGGACACUAACCAACAUAGUAUUGAUAGCAGCCGGAUGCGCAUUGUUUUUGCUGAUAUCCUUAUCAGCCAUUAUCUGCAUGAGAAGAACAAAUUCAAGUAAAAUUGUUUGAAACAUUUACCCUUUAAAACUUACAGAUGAAGGUAUAUGAAAGCUUUAAAACAUUGUUAAUCUAUAUACAAUUACAGUUUUAAAAAGGAAUGUUACGCUGCAAUUAUAUGAUGUGUUACUUAUAUAUUAUUUGUAUUACUU